GUUGGCACUGGCAAUACCCAGGGUCUUGUUGGCAGUUUUUAUCCUUUAGUUAAAUGAUUUUCUUUGAUUCGUUGCUGUGUUAACUACUGUGGGGACCUGUGAUGACUAUGUUAACUACUGUGGGGACCUGUGAUGACUAUGUUAACUACUGUGGCGACCUGUGAUGACUAUGUUAACUACUGUGGCGACCUGUGAUGACUAUGUUAACUACUGUGGCGACCUGUGAUGACUAUGUUAACUACUGUGGCGACCUGUGAUGACUAUGUUAACUACUGUGGUGACCCGUACGUGACCUAUAAUGGCUGUGUUUGAGGAAGGAGGUACUCAGCGAUACCAGACACUUGUAAUACUACGAACGACUAUCAAUUGACAUGAAAACAUCUAUAAGCGAGGACUGUGAGACGUGUGUUGUGUUAUGGCGUCAAAGGUCACACGAUCCUGCCACUCAAGGGGACACUGUAGAGAUGUUUAUCUGUAAGAAUUUGUGAUUUAUUUCCCUUUAAGCUUCAACUGGUGGUAAAAGUUUGUGGUUAAUAUAAAGAAAAUUAAUUGAAUUGAUUGAUUGGGUUGGUUGAUUGAUUGAUAAAUAAGACCCAUUAAACAGAAUAUCUCCCAUAACUUGAAUAUAAGAAAGUAAUCAAGUGUUCUUAGAUCUCUGGCAGUGAUGUAGAUGAAAGCUAAAGUGUGAAUUACUGGAAACUAACCGACCGAAAAAAGAUGCAGUCACUGGUUUAUAGAAUCUAGGUGUUUGUGUCGCUCAUACUAAGGUUAAUGAUGAUGAUGAUGAUGAUGAUGAUGAUGAUGAAGGGGACUGUAGUGUUACCUGUGAAGUCAAGACGAAUGACCGUAUAGUAGUUUGAGAAAUUCCUUUUAUAACUACUACUUGUCCACACCGACAACACGGUGUGGACAAGUUUGCUACUGGUGUCUGAUUCAAGUCAACCUAACCUAACCUAACCUAACCUAACCUACACCGACGACAGUUCUCCCAAGGUCACAAUGGUGUACAACACAACAAUUUUCCCUGGGAGUUUAGAGAGGAUGGUGUCUCCGGGUCCUGGCGACUUGGAGAACUUUAAGCACAUCCUCGGCUACUGGCGAGGCACCAAUGAACUCAAGAGCAAGAGGGAUCUAGCUGGUGAGGUCCUUAGAGUGGCUAUAAGGCGUUCCUGUAGGCCGAGAAGUCCUGCUCCCGGAGGAUGGAAGGUCACGGUGGACGGCUGGGGGGACCAGGACCCUCGGGCAAGAAGUCCUCCACUCAUAAGAGGAAAACAGAGUCCUAAACUAAUGAGUCAUAGUCCUCGAGUCCUAAGGUGCCAGAGUCCUGUACUGAAAGAAGUAGUUGGUUCAAAGAUCAGUAGUCCGAGGCUGAGAGUCCGUAGUCCUAAAGUGACCAUUAAGAGUCCCCAACUACGUAAGGCUACUGGUCGUGAUAGUCCUAAACUGGCUCUGGGAACUCUUAAGUCUCGUCUAGGUAAAGAAAGUCCUCGCCUUACAGGUCGUGUUCAUAAACCAGCAUGGCGACCCAAGAAGAGUGUUCACUGGAAGACCAACAUCGCUACCUGGAUCCAGAUGACCGCCAAGAACUCAAGUGUGUCUGUGUGUGAGGCGUCAAGCUGCGGUGAUGACUGGAGCUGCCGCCAUGAAGGACACGAGAACGAGACGAGUGACGACGAUGGGACGAUGAGGUUCAACACGGCGGGGAAGAGCAUCUAUGGGGGAUCCAGCACCAAAGACGAGGACUCUUCUGACUUCGAGUACACAGACUUCGCUCAAGUAAACAAGCCAGGAGAGAGAAGAACCAAUACCUACGUCAAUCCAUAUUUUAUUUCAGUGGCUUCAGGUCCCCCGCCGCUGAGUCUCCGGAAGCAAUUGCAUCCGCCACCACCACCACCGCCUCCUGAUGGUGACUUGGGAUCAAAUUAUUACAAUGAGUUGAAUUGUUCCUGCGGCUGUCAGGGAAGUGUUGGUUCGUCACACACUUAUGAGGAUGUUGAGGACAGCUUUGACACCAACAGCCUCACAAGUCAUGACACCAAACAGCAGAGAAACAGUAGCAGCAGUAGCAGCAGUAGAAGCAGUAGAAGCAGUAGUAACAGUAGCAAUCAUACUUACUGUGAAAUUAGUCAAGUAGGACGCGGUGCUAAACGGGAGGUUCUGAGUUCUCUUCUUCGUAAUGAUCACCAUCUGGAGUCCCUCAAGUCAACAUUGGUCCACGUGUUGCCCAAAGACGACAUCACCUCCACCACCCUCCUCGCCUGUCGCCUCGGGGACCUGGAGUACCUGCAGGACUUGGCCAAACAGAGUCGUCUUAACCCCUGCGCCCGGGACCUACAGGGAGCCACCUGUGUACACUACGCUGCUCGGGGAGGACACCUACACAUCCUUCGCUUCCUGCUGGAGGAUCAGGGGCAGCGACAGGUGAUGAAGUGUGAUGUUGGCGCCACACCCCUCCACGAUGCUGCCGCUCUCGGUCACCUGGACACACUCAAGUACCUCAGGAAACACUCCAAACACACACUUGACCUCACUGAUAAGGAUGGCGCCACCGUCCUACAUGUAGCUGCAAGGUAA